AUGUCUUUCUCGUUCACCCCGAUGACACCCAUCUCGGGUGCUGGCAGUAAGGAUGCCGAGCGUCGCGCCUCGGACAUUCGUCGUCUGUCUGACCGUCGUCGUUCGUCCAUCGAUCCUUCGCGUCUCGUGCGCAUGGACAAGCGCCGUCGCAUCAUCGCCCUACUCUCUCUACUCGUCAUCCCGGUCCUCAUUGCAAUCUAUCGCGCCAGGGUCGGACAUCUCGCGGGCUCGGGUGACUUCAACGUCGUCUUCGUUGGAGCGGGCAACAUCAUGUUCGGCUCUGACGAGGGCCCAUGGAAUCAUUCCUUCCGCUUCGAGCACAAGCUUGGUCCUCGCUUGAAGGUUGUAGCGCUUAUCGACCCUGCCGUCGACCGCGCAAAGGCCGUACUCGAGGGCAAGUGCCAGACUUUCGUGCGCUCUGCGUACGAGAACACGAAGGUCUACAAAAACUUCCAGGAUUUUGUCAAGAACAUGCCUGAGAAGGAUACGCCCAAAGCCAUUGUUGUCGGCUCGCCUCCGAUGUUCCGCGGAACUACCAAGCCGGGACGUGACAUCGAGCUGCAGAUUCUUAAGGCCUUCCCUGGCGUCGCGAUCUUCAUGGAAAAGCCUAUCGCGACUGGUCCGUCUGACGAGAUCCAGGAAGCGUUCAAGGUGGCGCGUGCUAUCGAGGAGGCAAACACGAUCUGCAGCGUCGGCUACAUGCUUCGCUACCUCAAGGGCGUGCAAAUGAUCAAGAAGAUCAUUCAGGACAACAACCUCACGGUUAUGGCUACCAUCGCCCGCUACGCGACCGCCUACGAGGCUAUCGCGAAGCCGGAUUGGUGGGAUAUGAGUCGCAGCCAGGGCCCCGUUGUUGAGCAGGGCACGCACUUCUGCGACUUGUCACGCUACUUUGGUGGUGAUGUCGACAUUGACUCCGUCAGCGCCCACUCGCUUGAGUGGCACGAGCAGCCUGGACAGCUGUCUGCCCAGCAGAUCGAUGAGACUGCUAUCAAGCCUGAGAACCGUAUCCCUCGUGUGACUUCCGCUACCUGGAAAUACAAGGACGGGGCUGUUGGCACCUUCACCCAUCUCGUUGCCCUUCAGGGCCACGACUACUCUUGCGAGAUCGAGGUCUACGCGGACGGUUACCAGUUCAAGCUCGUGGACCCAUACGUUCAGCCGAUCCUGUACAUCCGCCGGCCAGGCGCGGAUUCGGUCGAAACGCACCGCUUCCCCGACGACGAUCCCUUCUUCUCGGAGGUUUCGAACCUUAUCGAGGUUAUCGAGGACAUCGAGGAGGACCCAGAGCACUAUCCCAUCCUGAGCUCUUACGAGGACGCUUGCAAGACGUACGAGCUCACAUGGGCAAUCCGUCUUGCGAGUGAGAAGUCUCGCAAGCCCGCUCCCGCUCCGGAGAAGUAG